UGCCAGCAUGGGCCCAGCAAACGUUCUUAGUUCUUAGCGACGACGAAGACUUGGAUCUGCUUCCACCCCAGGCACAUCCCAUCACAAUAUACUCAAAAAAGGUACUACUCCAUUUCUCAACUCUUUUCCUUGUCUAGGAUCCAUUGCUUGGUGAUGGGUUAUUGCCUUAUUGGUUUGUAUGCAGACAGCAUUGGUGUUGAGAGAAGACAAUGUAGUGGGUUUCGCAGAUCAGGAAGCAAUCUACUCGAAUAUUUGAGUGAAAAAACAGAGCAACUUGAUGUUAUCUCCAUCGUGGGCAUGCCGGUCUUGCCUAUUCGAAUUCCCGGUGUUGAUUUGGGUGUAUGUUUCUCAAGAGUUCAAUGUGAGAGAGGUGUUCCUCACCAUUCUCAAGAAGUUCACCCGCGAAGACAUGUCUGGCAACGACAUCAUCGAACUUCGCCCACUAGUCCGGUCUCAUCUGGAGAAGGGAAGGUUCUUACUCUUCAUGGACGACGUGUGGACUCCCUUAGACUGGAGGGAAAUCGAAGCUGCCCUGCCGACGAACAAUAAAUUGGGUAAAGUUCUGAUAACCAGCCGUUUAUGUCUGAGACUCAGAUCAUUGAGCCGGACUUUCCCUCACAGCGGCCACCUGCAUGAUCGGAGCAGUCAUCGGAACUGCGCUCACUUUAGGGGCAAUACCGCCAUAUGGGCUUUGGGAUGGGACGCUAAGCUAUUGGCUUAUGUUUAUGGUGGAAUACUCAAUUCUGGAAUGAGUUUUUAUCUUGCUGGAGUGGUGAUAAAUGCUAAAGGGCCAGUUUUCCUGACAGCAUUCAAUCCUUUGAACUUGAUCAUCGUCGCAAUUUUGAGUUCUUUCAUUUUUGCCGAGCAAAUGAGAGUUGGAAUGGCUGGUGGAGCUGUGGUGACUGUUGUUGGGUUGUACAUGGUGGUAUGGGGUAAAACAAAGGAUCAUAAAGAGGCAGAAAAGGUUCAGCUGCCAUAUAAAUCUUCAUCAAGCUUCAAGGCCUCAGAUUAACCAACAUCAUCCCCUAAUGUUGUUUAGUGAUAAUUAUUAGGAGUAGUAUAAUGCUCGUAUCUCUAUUUAAUAUGGACUAUUAAGUAUAACAAGUGCUACACUAGUGCUACGUUGAUUCAUAACUAGUGGGGUGUUUCAUGGCAGAUGGA